AGCCAUCUCUUCCCGUGUCAAGCCUCUCCUCUGACGCAAACAGACGAUGAUUCCUGCUACAUUCGCGCCUCCAUUCCCAUAUUUGGGGGUACUCUAAGCCUCUCUUUGCACAGUGGAGAGCAAGGCAACCCAAUACAAUACCACGAGGGUGGGCAUUCCAGAAGAUGAACAGCAUGUCGUCCGGCUCGACUGGAUUCACCUUAUCCCUCGGCUCCCCAGUCAUAUGGAGGAUAUCGGCUGGUCUAUCGACCACGCUCACCACUGCAUAGGGCUACUCGUACCGCUCAUGACGGAUGAUCGGUAUUCGCUGCUCACUGCAGGCGGUCUUCUGCUGCUGUGGGACAAUGAAGAGAAAGAGCUGUGGGUAGUCUCAACAGGAUUUACGCUUGGGCAGCUUGUGGCGGCAUACCGAUUGAGCGAUAGCUCCCGUCUUUGCGCGACUGGGACUACACCGUGACCGAUUGGGGCUGGUAUCUACGCCGAUUGUGGCAGUGGUGCUCGGCCGGAACUGAUAGACGUGCACCGCGACUGGCUCGUUAUCCCUCAUCUUCGGGGGUGAGCCGUAGACAUGGAUAAUGAAGACAUCGGGGAGACGGCGAAUGGUCAGGAAAUGCAAUCAGCUAGUCGAUAUUAUUACUAUUACUACUAU